AUGCCGACCAUGCAGGCCUUGGCCAGCACCGAUAAGCCGAGGGCGCUACAGCUUCUUGACCAGGUGGAGUUUCGGAAGUUUCAGGAGCGAAGGCAUGGAGAACAUCAGCUGUACAAUCAGGACUUACAAGACGGGCAAGAGGAAGAUGAGGACGAGCUCAGUCAUGCCGGUAGUGAGGAGGAAGACGAGGACGAGCUCAGUCAUGUCCAUGGUGAGGAGGAAGACGAGGACGAGCUCAGUCAUGUCGGUGGUGAGGAGGAAGAUGAGGACAAGCUCGCCCAUGCUGACGGUGAAGAGGAAGAUGAGGAUGAGCACAGCGAUGAUGAUGAGGAGGAAGACAAAAUGCUCAACAAGCCUGCCGAUGAUGACUCCACGGAAGUCGCGGAGGUAGCCCCCAUGUACCUGCAGGUGUCCGAGGGCGACGAGCUCGAGUCCGAGUCCGAAUUGGAAAGUGGCCGCAGGCGCCGCCGCAGGCGACGCCGUCGCAGAAGGAGAAGGAGAAGAAGGAGAAGAAGGAGAAGAAGAAGAAGGUGGGUCGGGGGCAGAAGGCGUCGAAGACGUCGCAGGAGGCUUAUCGAUGUGGGCGCAGUUGUCGGGGACGUGGUGCAGUUCAUGUCCCAAGGUCUCGCGUGUAUUGGCACCGCUGCAGAGUUCACAUCUACCGGCUACUCCUAUGAGAUCGUUCCUGGAGCUGUGUCAAUGAACAUUGGCCUCUCAGUUGGUUCUGGGCAGAGCUUGGACAGGUUGGUCCGGGGCCACCCACCAAGUGCCUGGAUCUCUGUGGAUUUCGGCUUUGCCGUCGGCAUCACCGCGAAACUCACCUGGAGUGGUGUUGGCUUGGGCGGAGGAGUGAGCUGCGGCGCCUCGGGCUGUGGCACCUACAUCACGGUCGCAGCGAUUGGUUCGGUGAACCUUCCCAUGGUCACGGCCGCCUGUCCCUUUGGGGCCGCCCUGGGAGCCGCCACCUGUGCCCAAGCUUUCGGAGGUGGUAUCUCCGCGAUGUGUUGUAACAUCAAUUUGCAGACCGGAAGCAACGACUGCCGCUAA